GAUUUUGUCCGCGUUGGAGCCGGCGGCCGUGGCGAACGUGACGUGGCAGAGAGCGAGCGAGACUCCCGGACGCACAGGCGCCGCCGCCCGCCCUUGGUGCUGCCGGGCCGGGACCCGCGGAGCGAUCCGAUCACAGCCAGGCCCCGCCGCUGCCGCUAUGGGCCUCACCAUCUCCUCGCUCUUCUCGCGCCUCUUCGGCAAGAAGCAGAUGCGCAUCCUCAUGGUUGGUUUGGAUGCUGCUGGCAAAACAACUAUUCUGUAUAAACUGAAACUAGGAGAAAUUGUCACCACAAUUCCCACUAUUGGUUUUAAUGUGGAAACUGUAGAAUAUAAAAACAUUUGUUUCACCGUUUGGGAUGUUGGUGGUCAAGAUAAAAUUAGACCUCUUUGGAGGCACUACUUUCAAAACACGCAGGGUCUCAUUUUUGUGGUAGAUAGCAAUGACAGAGAGAGAAUUCAGGAAGCAGCAGAAGAGCUGCAGAAAAUGCUUCAGGAAGAUGAGUUGCGAGAUGCAGUACUGCUUCUGUUUGCGAACAAACAAGACCUGCCAAAUGCCAUGGCAAUCAGUGAAAUGACAGAUAAACUAGGUCUUCAGUCUCUGCGUAACAGAACUUGGUAUGUCCAAGCUACCUGUGCUACACAAGGAACUGGUCUGUAUGAGGGACUCGACUGGCUGUCAAAUGAGCUCUCAAAACGCUAACUCAAACUGGAUGACUCUUUCACCAGGGACAUGUUUGAUAUAAGUGGUCUAGGCUUGUUACAAAAAAAAAAUUAGUUUGCAUCUUGGUUAUUAAACAGUAUCUGGAACUGAUUUGGGCAGGAUAUUGCAGCGUUUCAAUUUAUUUUGUUGCCAAUUAUUGUUUACCAAGCUACAUGUUGCAGAGGUAGCAAUGGGCUUGGGUAAAAAUAUCUCCUUAACUUGGAAAAAAAAAAGAGUAUAUCUUCUGAUUUUACUUCCCUUGUUAGCCUAAAUGCCUGAAUAUAGUUCUUGUGACAUCUUCAAAAUCUGUUUUGAAUACUUUCUGAGCCCCAAUAAAUUAAUGUUUUAAAGUCUCUUUCCCUGCUACUUUAGUUAACUGAUACCUUAUUUCAUUCCUCAGACAGUCUGCUGAUUUAAAAAUGUAGCAUUCCAUUUGUAUUUAUUUCUCUCCCUUGCCAAAAAAGACUUCCUAAUACUGCUUGUUCCAGCCAAGAAAAUUCUCUAAAACACUAUUCAGAUCUACUGCACUGAGGAACAUUUUAUUAACCCUUGGGUUCUGUCAGCCCAAAUUGCCUUUGUGUGAAUUGGAUUUGUUGGGUAGAAUAGUCCUGCGCUGGUUGCGAAGAGCUCAUGUUUAGGUUGUUUUUAAUAUUCAGCAGAUUGUCUUCCUUUAUAUUGUAUCCUUUUUUUUAUGUUGCAUGUUGCUUUUUGGUAUCAGCCUGACUGUUUUUGCCCAGUGUAUAAUAGUUCUGCUGAAGUUUUACUGUUUAUUGGUGAACAUAUCUUCAUAAAGAGAUUUUGGAAAUUCAUCAAACUUUAUGGAUUAGUUUCUUCAUAACCCACUUGGAAUUAUUCCUAAUAAAAUGAUAAAAUAUA